AUGUCGCUUGUCAUCGGGCCAGACUUUCAGCAUAUUCUGCGUAUUCUUAACACCAAUAUUGAUGGUCGUCGUAAGGUGUGGAUUGCUCUGACUGCCAUCCAGGGUGUAGGUCGUCGUUUUUCCAUCAUGGUGUGCAAGAAAGCAGAGGUGGACAUUACCAAGCGUGCUGGUGAGCUAACCAAUGACGAGAUUGAGCGUGUUGUAGCGAUUAUCCAGAAUCCGCUGCAGUUUAAGAUUCCUGUGUGGUUUCUUAACCGACAGAAGGACUUUAAGACUGGCAAACACUCGCAGAUUGUGGCGAACAACCUACAGGGCAAAUGGCGCGAGGAUUACGAACGUCUUAAGAAGAUCUACGCUCACCGUGGUUUACGUCACUGGUGGGGUCUCAAGGUGCGCGGCCAGCACACCAAGACCACAGGCCGUCGUGGCCGUACGGUUGGCAUCCUUGGUGGCAAGUAA